CGCACCGCUCCCUUAUCGCCGUCCCCUUUUAGCUCACCGAGACGUCCGGCGUUGCUGGAGUGUCAGAGCGGCUGCUGUGUGGACACCUGGCCCGAGACGGCUGAGGAGUCGCCGCCGCUGCCGCCAUGGUGUUUUACUUCACCUCCAACGUUGUUCCUUCCGUUUACACCAUCUACAUGGGAAAAGAUAAGUAUGAAAAUGAAGACCUAAUAAAGUAUGGCUGGCCUGAAGACAUCUGGUUCCAUGUGGAUAAGCUCUCGUCAGCACACGUGUACCUUCGGUUGCACAAGGGGCAAACAGUGGAUGACAUUCCCAAAGAAGUUUUGAUAGACUGUGCCCAUCUAGUGAAGGCAAACAGCAUUCAAGGUUGCAAGAUGAACAAUGUCAAUGUAGUGUACACACCGUGGACCAACCUGAAGAAGACAGCAGACAUGGAUGUAGGGCAGAUUGGCUUCCACAGGCAGAAGGAUGUGAAAAUGCUGACGGUGGAGAAGAAGGUGAAUGAGAUCCUGAACCGACUAGAGAAGACAAAAGUGGAACGUUUCCCAGACCUGGCUGCUGAGAAGGAAGCCCGGGACAGAGAGGAGAGGAAUGAGAAGAAAGCUCAGAUCCAAGAGAUGAAGCGGAAGGAAAAAGAAGAGAUGAAGAAAAAGAAAGAGCUGGAAGAACUUCGGAGCUACUCCUCGUUAAUGAAGGCUGAGAACAUGUCAUCCAAUCAGGAUGGCAACGAUUCAGAUGACUUUAUGUAAAUAAAGUCUCUCUCCUUUCUCAACCAUGAAGUGAGUUUGGGAUGUCUUAAUCUGUCACCAUCACUAAGAAUGCCAAAAAAAAUAACCACCCCAAAAAGGUGACCAACUCUGCCUCCAUUUCUUCAGAUCCUGGCUGGUUCCCUGAGCAUCCCAAGCAUCCCUGCGCCACGGACGCCUGCCGAAGGGAGAAGAUCUGUACCUCUGCACGUCCAUCUCUCUCUUGUUUUGUUGUUCUCGGGGACGUGGGUGGAAGGAAGGAGAAUUGCCUUUAAAGACAAUAUUUAUUCAAAGGGAAGGGCUUGGUGUAGCUUCUAAUGGGAAUUUUUAAAGAAAGAGCCCCAAAUUCUUGCUAUCCCACCACUGGACUGGCAGCAGAGCAACUCAACUCUGUACAGGAACUGUGGGACUCUUUUUGCACUGGCAACACUCAGCAAAGCUGAGGGGAUCCCCCUAUGCCUGGAGGCUGUGAAUUUGGAGCUCACAGCCCUUUGCAGCCCCUUGGCUGGUAGUAAAAUCCGGUGGCUUCUUGUGAAACCCGAGCUACCGCUGCUGAAGACAGAGCUGCGCUUCACCGAGGGAUGGGAACGGCCCCCCGGGAUGGAAAUGGCUCCCUGGGGUGGAAAUGGUGUCCCGUCCCGUCCCCCCCCUCAGGUGGGAACAGCCCCCGGGGUGGGAACAGCCCCCUUGAGAUGGGAAUAACCCCCCGGGAUGGAAAUGGCUCUCUGGGGUGGAAAUGGUCCCCCGGGGUGGGAACAGCUCUAUGGGAUGGGAGUAUUUCUUUCCAAAUCGCGUUUCAUUCCUGGGGCCGUUCCUUAGAAACCGCCUCUGGAGAGGGAAGUGGGUUGAGUUUUGCACAGCCUCUCCCAGAGCUGUUUUGCCUGAGCCCUCCCUAAGGUUUUGUGGAUGUAGUACCUGUACUGAUGUCACGAUUAAAUUCAUACUGUGCUGAGAAAA